AUGCGUGUUUCAUCCAUCCUCUCUGCCGCCGUGGCCAUCUUCAGCAUCUUCGCUGUUGCCUCUCCCGUCGCAGCUCCCGCUCCAGAGCUCGCAAUCCGCGACGCUACCAGCGAUGCCAUCACUGGCCACCUCACCAGCUGCAAGACUGAGCUCGAUACCUGCCACAAAAAGUGGACCGGCACCUGCAGUGGAAGCUGCAAAACCACCGAUAUCAUCAGCUGGCAGAAGGACGGAUGGAAGUGCCCUACCGUUGUCAUCUCCAUCAUUGUUAAGAUUGUAGUGGAGAUUAUCAUCGCCAUCAAUGUUUGCCUUACCUUCUUGCUCGGAAAGUGUGGUCUUCUUGGUGGUCUCCUCUCCCUCCUCCUCGUCCUUAUUGCCUCCCUCCUCGUUGAACUCAAGGUUGCUAUCAACGGUCUUCUCGUUGUCCUUGCCCUUGUUAUCGAUGGAUUGCUUAGUCUCGUCGUAACUCUCCUUGUCAGCCUUCUUGGAGGUGCUACUUGCUUCUGCUGUAGCUUGUUCGGUUUAAUCCUAUAA